AUGAAGGUCCCGAGGAUCCACUGCGCGCCCACCUUCGAGAAGCUUGCCAAUCAUGCCGAGGCAUUGGACGAUCCUAUCAAUAUUGCUCUUCGCGUUUGGGCCACUCCCUUCACCGGUCUUUCAGUCAUCCUGAACCGAGAGACGAUCGAUCACCGAGAUCUAAAGGGUUAUAGGGAGUCUUUUGACUUGUUGCUCACCAUCGGAAACUACACAGGAGGCCGGUGUCACUUAGCCGGGCUCGGGUUUAGCCUUGUUUAUGACCCUGGGAUGGUUGUUGCCUUGGCCGGCAAUGUUUUACAACAUGGUGUUUGUCCUGUGCUGGGUGACCGGGCCUGUUUAGCUCACUUUUGGCACAAAAAGGUUGGGGAAAGGCUUGGGGUGAAGAGGCCUCAGUGGUUGACCAUGGCAGACUUGAUAUAUAAUUUGUCUGGUAACUAA